AAUUAAUAUAAGUUCUUGAGACAAAGUCUAUUUUCGACAGGCGUGACCCACCCACCCACACAAAAUCAAUUCGUAUGAUAGUCACGUGAAAACGUUUGAGCAUUCCACGCCUCGAAAAGUGACAUUGUCUCAAGCCCUUGCCAUUUUUAUUAGUAAUUAAGAUUGUUAUUAAUAACAAAAAAUACUUGUAACGCUAAACAUGGACAAUGACACCACUGCAGGUUUAACUACAAAUGUAAGUUUUGAGAACCAACAGAAAUGGAAAGACUUUCAGUAUUAGAAGAAAGGGUGUGUCCUUUAUGUUCAUCUAAAAUAAAUUUCUUUUUUAUCAAUUACUUUGAAAAAUUUUUGAUGUGUGAGAACACAGAGUGUGAGUUUCCCUUUGGUUAUGAAGACUUACAGUUUGCCAAAGUGGAUAAUCCUGACAAUCCUGAAACUGGAUCUAUAAGAACUAAACAAAGUUUUUCAUCACCUUCAUCUAUUUCUGGAAUCACAGUAUCUGACGUAGACCAGCUGUACCAAGCUUGUGAGUCUGAGAAUAAUUUGCCUGAUCAGGUACCAGUAUCUUUAAGUCGGCCAACUAGACCCCGUCAAAGCAAUAUACUUAAAAAUGUUGCCCCUCUCAAUAGCCUUCACUCGGAAAUUAUGAAAAUGAAUAGUCAGAUGAAGAUAAGCGAUCUCACAGAUAAGAAACUGAUUAAAAAUCUUUACAAGCUACAGAAUUGUACUGGAGCACAGUUAUUAAAACCGCAAGAGUUGACUACCUUAAAACGGGGUGAAUGCCAAAAGCAAACAGAAGUUAAAAUCAAUAUAAAUCAGAUGGAAAAUGACAUCUCUGUUAUAAAAAUUGAGUUGUUGAGUUCAGAGGUUAGUGAAGGUUAGUCUUGGUAAUAUACUGGUAGAUGGUGCACUGGGAAUGUAUGACAUGUCAAUGAACCUGGAACUUUUGAAAUGUACAAAUUGUGUUUUACUUUAAAAUUGUCAAUAUACUUUUAAGUACUAUGACAUUAUUCCCAGUAAAACAUAUUAAUAAUUUACUAUCUUAGAAAAGUAUUUUUUUUAAAUGUGCAAUGGAAUAAAUGAUAUUAAAGUUGUCCAAUAGUAUCCAAACAUUUGAUUCAUUAGUCAGUUCAUAAUAAGCAACAGCACAAUACACACAUCAGUUUUUUAACACUGAUCCACUGACAAUUAAGAUUGAACUUCAACACAAACAUUUGGUCCAAGAAUUUGUAUUUUUCUCAUAAAAAUUCGUGAUGGCUGGUGGACUCAGCUUAACAACAAUAAGGGAGCGAUAAGGAUUUUUAAAUAUGUUUUUUUACAUUGUUUCUUGUUUCUACUGCUUAGAAUGAAGUUAAUGUUAUUUAAUUAUAUUUGUAAUAAAUACUUAUUGUGAAGUAAUACAACAGUGUCAGUACCAACUAUGGAACAAAACUGGGAUUACCUUCCUAUUUUUAAAGUAGGAAUAUUUUACCAUUAAAGAACUUUACAUGCUAAUUUAUUGGA